AUGUCAAUGGGUUAUCACCGUGGCUCUCACACUUUGCAUUUCUCCCACAAAGCAAGACCAGCUCCUAAAGAAAGAUUCCAAGUAUCCCGUAGAACACUCCGGCUCAACCUCCCUCUCCCUUCCACCCACGCUUCUUUAACAACCCUCCACAAAACCCUUCCAUGCCCACCAAAUCUCGGCACCUCUCAACACCACUCCAUCCCCAACUACACCAACCAUGAGCACCAAAAACACACCAUCCCAUUCACCCUUCUCCCUUUCCCUCAACACUCACAUCGCCUUCCUCCAAAAUGCUAUCAUUUCGCUACUCGCUGAGCAAACCAAGCUGUCCGACAAGAUCGACAGGCUCAAAGGACUUGUUGAGGAGCUGCGAUGGGAGACACGGCGGGACACCGAGAUGCUGAAGGAGCGUGUGGGAUGUCCGAGUUGCUUGAGCGGACGGUUUACACCAGUUGGGGAGUUGGUGGGGAUGAGAGAUGGGAAAGAGGGGGUCGCGAAGAAGGAGCAAUUGUGGGGAGGAAAGGGGGAAGUUAUGAAAGGGGAAUUCGAGGGUGAAGUUGUGAAAGGAGAAUUUGGUGGUGUCUGA